UCAAAACAAAAACGACAUUGUGAGUCAAUGACUGAUACGUAUAACCUGCGUAUAACACAGUAAAACGCGGAAGAGCCCAGUACUGUGGGUUUCAGUGUACUGCACACAAAUCUGUCUCUUUGAGCUUUAUUUAUUUUUUGGCUUAUAAAUGCUUCACUUAGGACUGAGUAAUGAAACUUAGGCAUUUAAAACUGUGGAUUUUCACUGUUUCAGUCGUCUGUCUACUGGGUUACAGAAUACUUACGGACACAGAAAGGUUAAACUGUACUCGGAAUUUGACUCCUGUAAAAACAGUUGGUGCAUCUGAAGGAAUCUUUGUUGGACCGCAUGAUGUUUUAGCUCGGAUAAGGAAAAACAAUAUCAAAGAAAUACCUUUGUGGAUGUUGGAAGAGGUGUAUCUCCGGGAUUCCCAACCCAAAGAAAUGAUAUGUCGCCAUUCCCUCAGAAACUCAGAAGACACAGAGUUUAAGGAAGCUUUUAUUCCUGAUAUUCAGCUCUUCCUGCACAGAGAUCACAUCAAUAUCAGUGAAUGGAACAGACUAGUACACUUCAACAAUCCCUUUGGCUUCAUGGGUUACAAAUACACGGAGGUGAAGAACAUAGUGGAUCUGAUCCCGAAACCAAAGGAAUUCCCACUCCUGGCAGCUCCCUCAACUGAUAAGCAAGGCUGUGUCCGCUGUGCUGUUGUAGCCAAUGGGGGGAUUCUCAAUGGCUCCAAGAUGGGCCAGACGAUUGAUUCCCAUGACUAUGUGUUUAGGAUGGAUGGAGCAGUAAUUGAGGGCCAUGAGGAGGAUGUGGGAAUAAGAACCUCUGUGUUUGUCCACACGGCCAGCACUCUGAUGGCCUCUCUGGACAUGAUCCAGGAGCUGGGCUUCCGGGAUGUCCCAACUGAUGAGGGAAUCAGCUACGUACUAGUUCCUGUGGGCUUGGGGGAUUUACAUUUUCUUAAAACUUUGCUCCUAAAAACAAGUGAUCUGUGGAAAGCAUACAAGAACAUGUGGCAAAGAUAUUACUUCUUGGAUAAUUUUGAUGAAAACAAAUACUACGUGCUGCACCCUGAUUUUCUGAGGUACAUCAGGAACAGGUACCUGAAAUCCUGGCACCUUAAUGAAAAGUCCUGGAAAAUGUUCAGACCCACCAGUGGAGCCUUCAGCCUGUUUCUGGCAGUGCACACAUGCGAUAUUGUGAAUGCCUAUGGUUUCCUUACAACAAAUCACAGAAAAUUUGCAGAAACUUACUUUAAGAAGACUGACUCUGGAGUUGACUACCUCCACUAUGACUACAACCUGGAGUUGGAGUUGUUGGAGAGACUGCACAAUUCCGAAGUCAUUAACCUGUACAAGAGACAGUAGCAUAAACACUACAUAAACAAGUAUAAGAUGCCUGUCAGAGCCAGUGCCUUUUCUUGUUCAAUUUUGUAUACCUCCAUUUCUUUGUAUACCUCUAUUUCUUUGUGGUAGCUCAUUCUCUGACUCUGAAUGUACUGUAGUAUUUAUGUUGUCACAAAACAAUUGCGACAUUAUCUACAACGGCAUUUACCUGAAUAGGAUUAUCCAAUUUAUGUGAUGAUUCUAAUGAGAGCAGUUGACAGCUCUCCAAUGUAAGUGGUUCCAAAAAUAAACAUCAAAUCCUUAUUCAGAUAGUUUUCUGUUUAUUUCCUGGACUAUUCUGUGAUUAAACCUUUGUAGGAAUAUGAAAUUAUUUCCAAAAGUACAAUGAGGCCAUCUGCAGAGCAAAAAAUGUACAGUCCUGUGCAAAAGUCUUACGCACCCUAGAUUUUUAAAUGUAAUAUAUAGUAUAUAUUUGGUCUUAGAUGUUUAUUUUUUGUUUUCUGCAUCAGUGUGUCAGUAGAAAAUAGCAAAUUUGAGAUUUGCACAAUUCUGAAGUCAUUAACCUGUACAAGAGACAGUAGCAUAAACACUACAUAAACAAGUAUAAGAUGCCAGUCAGAGCCAGUGCCUUUUCUUGUUCAAUUUUGUAUACCUCCAUUUCUUUGUAUACCUCUAUUUCUUUGUGGUAGCUCAUUCUCUGACUCUGAAUGUACUGUAGUAUUUAUGUUGUCACAAAACAAUUGCGACAUUAUCUACAAUGGCAUUUACCUGAAUAGGAUUAUCCAAUUUAUGUGAUGAUUCUAAUGAGAGCAGUUGACAGCUCUCCAAUGUAAGUGGUUCCAAAAAUAAACAUCAAAUCCUUAUUCAAA